GUGACGCUUGGGUACUUUCAUAAGUUGCAGCCUUUCGUCAAGGUGCAAAUCGGAAUUUCCCGGAAGGGUAGUAGUAGGAAUUACUAUGCCUCCGAAGAGUAAGGGCAAGAAUAAAAGUUCAGAUAAAACGAAGAAGGAUAACACGAAUUCACGGGGGAGAAUCUCCGAGGGGCCGCUGACUGAACUUGAUAGAGAGUAUUACCGGGCGCAGAUAGCGGACUUGGAGCGCCAGCUACAGAAGUACCAGCACAAAUGCGAUGAAUUGGAGGUGAAGCGGAGGGACUUCUACAGCCAGUAUAAUGAUUUGGAGAAAGAGAAGGAGGACAUCGUGCAUUACCUGAAACGCUCUUGUGCCCAGAAAGAGAAGGAGCUGUUAGAGCUUUCCGAGGAACUUGCAGAACUCCAGAAAACCAAGGAUGCAGAAAGGGACUCCUUUGAGAGGCAGCUGACUCAACUCCGACAAGAGUUCCAGCAGGGCAAGGACCAGCUUAGUUCAGAGAACACUGUCCUAGCUGGCAAGCUGGUUGCUCUGGAGGAAUUUCAGCUGCAGAAAGAGGAGCUGAUGGGAAACCUUUCAGCCAUGAAGGAGCAGCUGGAGGAACAGAAGGAGGAACACAGGAAUGUCGUCUACAACCUGGAGAAGAAGGCGGUGCUGGACAAUGACAGGUUGAAAAAGGAGAUGCAUGGGCAUGUCACUUCUGUGGCGGCGGAGUUCCGGCGCGUCUCAGACCAGAAGAUGCCACUGACGACCAUGAGGGCCAUCAAGGAGAACGUGUCUCUGACAGCGCAGCUGCGGAAUCUAUCUGAGAAGAGCCAGAAGCUGAUGGAGGAGAACCAGGCCCUGAGAGAGAAGGAGAAGACACUCAGGCGGGAGCUGGAGGUGUUGGAGCCUUUGCUAAAGAAGAUGACCUUCAAGAGUGUCUGCAACCAGAAGGUGAUUCAACAGCUGACUGGGAAGUGUAAGGAGCAACAGACAGAAUUAAAGGAGCAUGAGAAGAGUGAUAAACAGCGCCUCCAGCUGCAGGAGGACCACAGUGCAUUACAGCAGGAUCUCAGUAACCUUAGGGAGGAGCUGGCCACCGUGCACGAGGAGUCCCAGCGGCUCCGUGCCGAGGCGGACAGGCUGAGAGGGGAGCUGGAGCAGGAGAAGGUGCUCAGGAACCAGUGGGAGACGGUGCUGGAGGAGACUGCCAGAGCUCUGAAACAGGAAGUGCCAAAGGAGGGAGACUCUGCGGAAGAGGCCCUGGGUCACCACACUCGCAUGAUGCACAGACUUCUGGCUGUACUUGAGAGCACUGGCCUGGCGGGGGAGGGAUCUACGCUGGCUGUCUUACUGAGAGAAACAGUGACCCUCCAUCAGCACAAGACCUGGAUGAGCUGAAGAACACAGAUGGCCUGAGAAAGUCAGAAGUGUACCAUCGCUCCAGCUCCCCAGAAGAUCAGCUGUCAUUGAUAAACAUCACACA